GCCCGGGACCGCGGACCCCCCCGCCGCCCCCGCUCCCGGGACUUGCCUCCUCCUGGCCACUGAGGAUCCUCCGAGGCGAAGACGGCCACGCGUGGGAUCUAAUUUUUUUUUUCUUCCUUCCUCCCCUCUCUUGUAUUUUCUGCCUUUUUUUUUUCCCCGUCCCUAGAAGAGGACAAAGGAAAAGAAGAGACCUGGAGGAAGAGGAAGAAGACAGCAGCCCUGGAGUAUCUUUCUCGCUCUCUUCGGAAGAGUCGGAGAUGGAGCCUGAGGAAGAGAGAAUUCGUUACAGCCAAAGACUGCGUGGGACGAUGAGACGGCGCUAUGAAGAUGAUGGCAUCUCAGAUGAUGAAAUCGAAGGAAAGAGGACGUUUGACCUGGAGGAGAAACUCUCCACCAAUAAAUUCAACUCCACCUUUGUCGUCUUCAUGGAAGGCAAAGACUUCACGGUUGAAUACAUCCAGCGGGGUGGACUGAGAGAUCCUCUGAUUUUUAAAAACUCUGAAGGCCUUGGAAUAAAGAUGCCAGAUCCUGACUUCAGUGUGAAUGACGUGCGCCUCUAUGUAGGGAGCAGGCGGAUGGUGGAUGUCAUGGACGUGAACACGCAGAGGGACAUUGAGAUGUCCAUGGCACAGUGGGCACGCUACUAUGAGACCCCAGAGGAGGAGCGGGAGAAACUGUACAAUGUCAUCAGCCUGGAGUUCAGCCACACCAGACUGGAAAACCUGGUGCAGAGACCUGCCACGGUGGAUUUGAUUGACUGGGUUGACAACAUGUGGCCAAGACACUUGAAAGAGAGUCAGACUGAGUCUACAAAUGCCAUUCUGGAGAUGCAGUAUCCCAAGGUGCAGAAGUACUGCUUGAUGAGCGUCAAGGGCUGCUAUACAGAUUUCCACGUGGACUUCGGGGGCACCUCUGUGUGGUACCACAUCCACAGAGGGGGAAAGAUCUUCUGGUUGAUCCCCCCUACACCCCAGAACCUGGAGCUUUAUGAGAAUUGGCUACUGUCUGGGAAACAGGGAGACAUCUUCCUUGGUGACCGAGUGUCAGAAUGUCAGCGUAUUGAGCUCAAGCAGGGCUAUACAUUCGUCAUCCCUUCAGGUUGGAUCCAUGCUGUGUACACUCCCACUGAUACUUUGGUUUUUGGAGGCAACUUCCUGCACAGCUUCAACAUCCCCAUGCAGCUGCGAAUCUACAGCAUUGAAGAUCGAACACGGGUCCCAAACAAGUUUCGCUACCCCUUUUACUAUGAGAUGUGCUGGUAUGUGCUGGAACGCUAUGUCUACUGUAUCACCAACCGCUCCCACCUGACCAAGGACUUCCAGAAGGAGUCACUCAGCAUGGAUAUGGAGUUGAGCUCCUCAGAGUCAGGAAAUGUGGAUGAAGAGGAGGAUGCAGCUGAUAAGGAGCCACGACGCCCGGUCACCAGACGGUCGGUCCUCACAAGCCCUGUGGCCAAUGGUGCCAACCUAGACUAUGACGAACUAAGCAAAGGCUGCAGGAGUCUGCCAGGCCUUAAGAAAACCCCAUCCACGGACUCCUCUGACUCCAGCCGGGCCCCCCAGAAUGGCCAGGCCUGGGACCCCCUUGCCAGCAGUCCACACAAGAGCAACAAGGUGCACCUGACUCAGUUUGAGCUGGAAGGGCUGCGCUGCCUGAUGGACAAGCUGGAGUCUCUGCCCCUGCACAAGAAGUGUGUCCCCACAGGCAUAGAAGAUGAGGAUGCCCUCAUAGCUGAUGUCAAGCUGCUGCUAGAAGAGUACGCAAACAGCGACCCCAAACUGGCACUUACAGGCAUCCCUAUCGUCCAGUGGCCCAAGAGAGAUAAGCUAAAGUUCCAGGCCCGACCAAAGUUGCGGUUGCCCACCAUCCCCAUCACCAAGCCUCACACCAUGAAGCCAGCCCCACGCCCAGCACCUGUAAGGCCCACGGUCUCUCCGAUUGUGUCGGGAGCGAGGCGGAGGCGGGUGCGGUGCCGUAAAUGCAAGGCCUGCAUGCAGGGCGAGUGUGGCAUGUGCCACUACUGCAGGGAUAUGAAGAAGUUUGGUGGGCCUGGUCGCAUGAAGCAGUCCUGUGUCCUCCGGCAAUGCUUAGCGCCCAGGCUGCCUCACUCUGUUACGUGUGCACUUUGUGGGGAGGUGGAUCAGAAUGAAGACUCGCAGGACUUCGAGAAGAAGCUCAUGGAGUGCUGCAUCUGCAAUGAGAUAGUUCAUCCUGGCUGCCUGCAGAUGGAUGGGGAAGGGCUGCUCAAUGAUGAAUUGCCCAACUGCUGGGAAUGUCCAAAGUGCUACCAGGGUGAUGACUCUGAGAAAGGCCAGAAGCGGAAGAUGGAGGACAGCGAUGAGGGCACGGUUCAGGCCAAAGUCUUGCGGCCCUUGCGGAGCUGUGAAGAGCCCCUGACUCCCCCACCGAACUCACCCACCCCCAUGCUGCAGUUGAUUCAUGACCCAGCAUCACCGCGGGGCAUGGUGACACGGUCAUCCCCAGGGGCUGGCCCCAGUGACCAUCACAGUGCCAGCCGGGAUGAGCGCUUCAAGCGGCGGCAGUUGCUGCGACUCCAAGCCACAGAACGCACAAUGGUGCGGGAGAAGGAGAACAACCCCAGUGGCAAGAAGGAGCUGUCGGAGGUGGAGAAAGCCAAACUCCACGGCUCCUAUCUCACGGUCACGCUGCAGAGGCCCACCAAAGACAUGCAUGGCACCUCCAUUGUGCCCAAACUGCAAGCCAUCACCGCCUCCUCCACCAACCUACGGCACUCUCCCCGCGUGGUCAUGCGCCAUAGCCCAGCAAGGACGCCCCAGCGGGGCGGGGAUGAGGAGGCAGAGGAGGAGGAGGAAGAAGAAGAAGAGGAAGAUGAAAGUGCAGAGGAGGGUGGGGCAGCCCGCCUCAAUGGCAAAGGUCGGCUGCAGGAUGGAGAGGAAAGCUGGAUGCAGCGUGAGGUGUGGAUGUCAGUGUUCCGCUACCUCACUCGCAGAGAGCUCUGUGAAUGUAUGCGGGUGUGCAAGACUUGGUACAAAUGGUGCUGUGACAAGAGGUUGUGGACAAAGAUUGACUUGAGCAGGUGCAAGUCCAUCACCCCCCAGGCUCUGAGUGGCAUCAUCAAAAGGCAGCCAGUCAGCCUCGACCUCAGCUGGACCAAUAUCUCCAAAAAACAACUCACCUGGCUUGUCAACAGGUUGCCAGGCCUGAAAGACCUCAUCCUUGCAGGCUGCUCCUGGUCUGCAGUCUGUGCUCUCAGUACCUCCAGCUGCCCCCUUCUCAGGACCCUCGAUCUUCGGUGGGCAGUAGGAAUCAAGGACCCACAGAUCCGGGACUUGCUCACACCUCCGACAGACAAACCAAGUCAGGACAAUCGCAGCAAACUCCGCAACAUGAUAGACUUCCGGCUAGCUGGCCUGGACAUCACCGACGCCACGCUGCGGCUCAUCAUCCGCCACAUGCCCCUGCUCUCACGUCUCGACCUUAGUCACUGCAACCACCUCACGGACCAGUCGGCCAACCUCCUAACGGCUGUGGGGUCUUCCACACGCAACUCGCUCACAGAGCUCAACAUGGCAGGUUGCAAUAAGCUGACAGACCAGGCCCUGCUCUACCUGCGGCGCAUCUCCAACGUCACCCUGAUUGACCUGCGAGGCUGCAAGCAGAUCACCCGGAAGGCCUGCGAGCACUUCAUCUCGGACCUGUCCAUCAACAGCCUUUACUGCCUGUCUGAUGAGAAGCUGAUCCAGAAGAUCAGCUAGAGACCAAGCCCAGGCAGACUGAGGAGAAGGAAAGAUCCCAUCCCACCCCUCUCAGAGAGCCGCUCCUCCUCCCCCCCCCCCCCCCCCCCCCCGCUCUGUCCUGCUUUGAGGCCAGCAUUGUGCCCAUCUCCCCUGCCCAAAUCCACAGGCAGGUCAGAGGCCAGCCUGACUCCACAGUUGUCCUCCUCCUGGGACUUUGCUGAUGAAGAUGUCCUGUCAGGCUGGCCAGUAGCUGAGGAGGAAUGGGCAAACACAGGGGGAGCUCACUCAGAGGCUGCCCGCUCUUAGUCUGAAGUUGAAGUUGUGUCAAGGUCUCUGCAUGGAGGAACAUGCCCCCUUUUCUCCUCACCUCAGCACCCCGGAACAGAUUUUUGCUUCCUAGUUAGUAUGGGUGAGGGGAGCAAUACCCUCCCCAUGGAAGAGGGAUUGCAGCUGGACAGUCUGGAACAAGCUUGCGCCCCAUCUCCUCCCCAGUGCCACCCCCAUCAUGUACAUCUCUUGGGAUCCCAUGGUUUUUUGGUAACCUAGUUUGUCCUGCCAUGUCUGCACCCUUCCUUUAAGCUUUCCCUCUUCUUGGCCUUGACUAGCAAAAGUGACUGAGGUUCCCCCACUGCUGUGUUCAGUGGUUCUUCUUGCAGAGAGGAUGAGCCCUGGAGUGGCUGGAGGAGGUUGGACAGUGGGUUCUUGCAGGUGGAUGCCUCUUUCAUGGCUAGCUGGGGAAGGGUGGGUUACAGCCCCUGUCCCACUUUAGGAGGCAAGGUUGGACAUGUUGAGCUUCCGCUCUGGGGUGGCAAUGGCUUGCUCAGAGCAGUGUGUACCCACACACUGGCCAGGGGAUGGAGAGUCCAGGUUCUCCUCUCCCUUCUUAGAAGGGAACAGGGAAGGAUGUCUUCAGGGGGCACAGGUACAUCAGAGCUCAGGGAGGACUCAGAAGGCAUCAGACAGGGUUUCCAGAUCCUGCAUGGGGUGGGUUGCACCUUCUCCCCAGCCUCCUGUAUGCAGCCUAGUAUCAUUAAGCACUCUUGGGACACUGCAGCCAGAGGAGAAAACCCUUCUCUGUCUUGCCACCCAGGGCGUAGCUAUUGGCUCUUGAAUGGGGAGAUGAGGAUGGGGGGGGGGACGCGCCCCCCCCCCCCCCACCCCCUUUAGCUGCCACUUUUUCCUUUGCAAUGAAUGGUCGGUCCAAAGAACCUCUCUCUUGGGCAGCAGAGAGCUUUUUGCACUUUAAAAAAAAAAAAAAGGUUGGAAUCUUAUUUUGGGUCACUGUUUUAUUUUCCCCCCCUGCCCUCCCCUUCUCCCCCCACCAGCCCCCAGAGUGACUGGACACUCCCCCAGCUGAGAGCUUGUCAAUGUAAUGCACAUUUUGCACUGUGCUCUCUUCUUCCACCACCUCCUGCCUCCACACCCCAACCCCACUUAUCUCUGAGCAUACUGAUAGCACAAAACCAGACUGCCCGUGCGCUCCCCUAGUCCGCUCACAAGGCUUGCACAGGAGAAAGCAACUCGAAGCAGCAGGGGAAGAAGGAGGCAGGCCAAGGGCAGUGGCAGAACCUGAAAGGAGGCUAGCACAGAUGUACCCUCGCUGCUUCCAAAGCAAUAAGGGAGAGGAGGAAGCAGCUGUCACCCCUUCAGCUCUCCUUGCGGCCUGCUGGUUCCAACCGCUCUGGCACCAGUGACCUCUGCUGUGGUGUUGGCUGGGGGCGGGAUGAGGCCUUUGUUCAAAUCAGCUGAACCCCCAGGGGGUCAGGCCCUGCACUUCCUUCCCCCAGACCUCCAUGUUAUGAGCCAGGUUCUGUUCUGAGAGGGGGGAAAAUGCAAGUGUGAUGAAUUCCGCAGUGCCUCGGUACAUGGGAGUUUUGCUGCAAUGAAUUCUGAGAGUUUUGAGCAAAAAUUACCCACUUAUUCUUGUCGCUGACCUGGGAGUGGAAGCUUUCUUCCUUUUUAUGUUCUUUGGUUGCUCCUGUGGUAAACUUUUGAGAAGAAUCAAACUAUUUUUGUUGGGGUUUUUUUGUUUCCUUUCUAAAGGAACACAGGGCAGCCACAAGCAGGAGAUCAAGGACAUCCGACCUGGGGGACGCACCAGCCCUGAGCGUGGCUGGGCUAGCUUUCUUUUCUUUUCUUUUUUUUCUUUUCUUUUCUUUUUUCCCAGUCUGGAAAGCAAAAGUAUCUCUGUACCUAAAACAACAUGCAGUCAGUACUGAGCUACAGCAGAUCGUCGCUACAGGGGGGUGUCAAUGCUAGGCAGUGGGGGUGACCAAGCUGAUGGGUGAAGGGGCCGGCUAGUGUUUCAGUUCGUUGCCCCAUGGCCUUCUCAGACAUUGGCCCUCCACCAAGUCUGUGGCUCCAGAGACUUAAAAACUUAAAAUGAAGGUGCGAUAACUCGUUACCAUAACUGGCCACCACCUUGGAGGGCAAGGGGUGAAAAUCCACAAAGGAAAGAAGAAAAAAAAUAAUUAUAUAUAUGAAAUCACUUAGUGAUUUAAAAAACUGCUCCCUAAAUAAAACUCCCUAAAGAAAGUCAUUAUUGUUUAAAGGGUUUGGUUGUGUUUUUUGUGUUGUUUUUUUUUUCUUCUUUUACCCCCCCCCCCCACACACACACACACAGAAAUAUUGUAAAUAUAUAUAUUUUUUGUUGGCAAUUUAGAGUCCAUCUCCAAUGUUUGUGCUUUAAAAUUAAUUGUAAGCAUUAAGGGUAAAAGAAACCAAGUCUUAUGCGCUCUCUCAGUUGAUAUGUUUUGGGUUGGGGGGGCUUAUUAUUUGGGGCAAAGGGAGGGGGAGCUAGUUGGAAUUCUUUUUUUUUUCUUUUUUUCUUUUUUGUUGUUUUUUCUUUUUUCUAAGCAUUCUCCAAUACUGGUUUUAGAGAGAAUCUUUGCUCAUAAAAUUACCACAUGGAUGGGAGAGACACUUGUGGGGGAGGGGAGGGAAGAUACCAGCCUCUGAAGGGAAAUAUUUUGUUUCUUGGGGGUGGAUUUUUGGAAUAAAAGUUUAAAGAAA